CCUUGUUAGUUUAUAUAUUUUACGAGAACUUGAAAAAAAAGUUCAGAAAUAAAUAACGAUCUGAUUCUUAAAAGUGACCCAGUUCUCUACAAUUCGAAUUGCAGUUGAUAGUUACAUAAUAGUAACAAUAAUAAUAUCAUGGGUCGACCUCCCAGUAAUGGCGGCCCUGCCUUUCGAUUCAUGUCCAAUGAGGUUGCUGAGAUGGAAAGUAUUUUGCAUGACCACCAGUAUGUGAUGCCAGCUAAGGAAGUUUUGGUAGCUCUAGCUGAGAAGUUCAGUGAAUCUCCGGAUAGAAAAGGGAAGUUUGUUGUACAAAUGAAACAAGUUUGGAAUUGGUUCCAAAAUAGACGAUAUGCAGUAAGAACAAAGACAAGCAAGACCCCGGUGAAAUUAAAUGUUACUCCUAUGUCUCGAGAGGAGUCAAUUCCAGUGAGAAGUGUGCCUCAACCUGUUGCUGCUCCUAUUCCUGCUCCUGUACCUGCAGCCAUGGCUACUCCACCAGUCCCUAGUACUGGAAGGGCCACUACAGAAACCUCUUACAUGGAAUUUGAAGCCAAAUCUGCAAGGGAUGGGGCAUGGUAUGAUGUUGGGACCUUCCUAUCCCAUAGACAUUUGGACACAGGAGAUCCGGUAAUAGAAGUAUUGGUUCGGUUUGCUGGUUUUGGACCAGAUGAAGAUGAGUGGAUAAAUAUUCGCAAGCAUGUCAGGCAGCGGUCCCUUCCAUGUGAAGCAUCAGAAUGUGUUGCAGUUCUUCCUGGAGACCUCAUACUCUGUUUUCAGGAAGGUAAAGAUCAGGCUCUUUACUUUGAUGCACAUGUCCUUGAUGCACAAAGACGAAGGCAUGAUGUAAGAGGUUGUCGUUGUAGGUUCUUGGUGCGUUACGAUCAUGACCACUCCGAGGAAAUUGUGCCACUAAGAAAGGUUUGCCGUAGGCCUGAAACUGACUAUAGGUUGCAGCAACUUCAUGCUGCAAAUGACUCAGCAACUGCCGACCAGCAGAAAACUAGUACUGAUCCUUCUACAGCCAGCGUGCAGAGGAUCAAUGUUUCUGCUGCUGAAACAAUGCAGAAGCAACAAACUGUAGAUGCUACCACAGCAGCCCCGAUAUCAAAUGCUAAUGCUUCUCUAGUUGCUAAAUCUACUAUAACGGAAACAAAAGCUGCUGCAACUAGCAAUGCUGGAAAUCCUAGUGCUCUUCUUGCUAGCAGCGCUGUGAAUGUUGAAUCAAAUGUGGCUGCUCCAAGUGGUGUUUCGGGUGCGUCUGUAGAGAAUUUGCCGGGAGGUAAAUCAUAGGUUUGCAUGAGACCUGUGUCAUUCCAUUCUUUUGAGGAUUAUGUCUCCUUUCUUAGGGAUGGGGUAGUCCAUAAAUUAGAAUGAUCAAAAUAUCUCUGGUUCCAGGGAUGAAAUGCAAAAUUACUGGGGGAGUUGCCCCAAUUUAUCAACCCUCUCAGGCUAACAUCAAGAGUUGUAGUGUGAGCUGCAGUUACAUUUGUGUAACUUUUAUAUCUUAAUUACCAAUGUUAGCUCAUUUUGUUCAAGUAA